AUGGAUACCAGCAAUAAUGCAAACAGCAGCCAAAAUAAUAACGACAGUGGCAGCGGAGAUAAAAUCAGGGCAAUCGCAGUAGCACCAUCCCGUAUCCCAGUGGAAGAAGGAAGGUAUAUUUGGGUUGCCAGACAGGAUACCAUGCUGGCUGUCGUCGAUAUUAGAGCCGGCGGACAAAAAAUAUUAAGCAAAAGGAACGAUGUACACACCGCACCCAUCUUGUUUCUCUUACGUUAUGGUAAUUCCGAAAUAUGGUCAAUUGAUGACAGUGGCGUAUUAUACGUCUGGGAUGUUCUGUCUGCUGAUUAUCAUCAACCAAAUCCACUACUGACUGCAAUGCCAAGGAGAUACCAUGUUACCUCUCAUGCCGUAGCCGCUACUAUUUACAAUUCGAAACUCUGGAUGUCUUCCGGUCGUACUUUAGCCGCGCAUGCUAUACCUAUCGCUGGUUCCUCAGUAGGUACGAACGAUACAAAAUCACAGCCUCCCGUUAGAAUCCCUAAUGACAUGGGUAACAUCACAAAGUUAAUGACAAUUCCAUACCAUCCCUAUCGUAUAUUUGCUUCACAUGACGACGGUAAAAUCAGUAUGUGGGAUACAAGAACGAUGGAGAGAAUUCAAAUCAUUACUGUAUCAAUGUAUGGUAUAUGUACUAUGACCGCUGUUGGAGAAUAUCAUGUUUGGGCAGGAUAUAAUACUGGAAUGAUUUAUGUUUAUGACACAAGGCCAGAAAAAUGGGCAGUUUUAAAGAUAUGGAAAGCACAUACAGGCGCUGUUACACAACUCGUUGUGGAUGAAACAAGUUUAUUGUUGGAUGAGAUUACGGGAAGACUUCAAGUAGUCAGUAGUGAUUCAAAUGGAUUUGUAGGCGUUUGGGAUGGAUUAUUAACGGAGCACUGGAAAGAGGAUCAUUUGCAUCAAAGGGCUAGUGAAUACUGUACAUACGAUUCCGCUCGAGUUAUGAUUUGCUCAUGGAAUAUCGAUGCCAACAAACCAGAAAGGAUAGUCGGGGAAGAUGACAAGGCAGUAAGGGAAUGGCUAGGAACCAUGGAAGACCCAGACAUUAUUGUGGUCGGCAUCCAAGAAAUUGUAGAUUUGGAAUCCAAAAAGCAAACAGCUCGUUCAUUGUUUUCCAGAAAGAAAGCAGACCCGACUGAAACAGAGGAUAUUCUUACCCACAGAUACAAGUUAUGGCACGAUUAUUUGGUUCGCAUUAUUGGAGAAAAUUAUGGUCAUCAUAGUUAUACUGUCAUUAAAACGGAUCAAUUAGUUGGAUUAUUCAGUUGUAUCUUUGUACGCACAACGGAUAUUCCCAGAGUAUUUAGUAUUGAUUCGACCUCUGUUAAAACCGGACUUAAAGUGAUGAACAAGAGUAUCCACGGCAACAAGGGUGGUAUUGCCAUUCGUUUUGUUUACGAUCACUCUUCUCUCUGUUUUGUCAAUUGUCAUUUAGCGGCUGGUCAAUCUCAUGUUCAACAAAGAAACGCGGAUGCGGAGGGAAUUCUUCAAAGUGCAAGCUUUCAUGGAUAUGACUAUGAUGAUGUGUUUAGUCAUGGUGGUGAUGGUAGCAUGAUUUUAGAUCAUGAAUUCUGUUUCCUCAGUGGCGAUUUGAACUAUCGUAUUAAAAUGAACCGUAACGAGGUGUUAAGAUUGCUAGCCAGUGCAGACAAACCUGCUGCUUGGGAACAAUUACGAGCUCAGGAUCAAUUGCUGCGCCAAAAUUACAAUAAUCCCUUAUUCAAGCUGCUACAUUUUGAAGAGGCUACUAUCAAUUUUGAUCCUACAUACAAGUACGACCCUGGAACAGAUUUUUACGAUCGUUCAGAAAAGAAACGUGUGCCUGCUUGGUGUGACCGUGUGCUUUAUAAAGGUAAUAAUAUCAAGAAUAUCUACUACCGACGUUACGAAGCACGAUGCUCUGAUCAUAGACCAAUUGGUGCCGGAUUUAGUUUCGAGACCAAAAUCACAAACCAUAAGAAACGAGAUCAUCUCAUGGUGAAAAUCGAAGAAGAGUGGCGUGACCAUAUUGACCGCUUUACCAAAGACAAGAAGGCCCGAUACGUGGCGGAUUAUGAACAGUGCAGUUUGAAUGAAGCCUUUGACCUGCUAGAAAAGUCGGACUGGGAUGUAAAUGAUACUGUAAUUAAAUUACUUGUUAAUAUAUAG